UUUUGGUCCGUAAGUGAAUGCCAACCCGUCGUGGGCUCGUAGACUGUAGUUGCAGCUUCACACAACAGCCAGCUCGAAGAACCCUAGGAAUACACGAAGAUGGAAGAUCCUCUGAAUGGCAAUGGCAAUGGCACUGGCAAUGUCGAUUCCGCAGCAGCAAAGCCACAGCCCGACGAGGAGGCAGCCAUCGGCCCCGGUCCGGCCCCUCGCGCGCGACCCAAACGCCCCCUACAGUUUGAGCAGGCCUAUCUAGACACCAUCCCCUCUGCCAACAUGUAUGAGAAGAGUUACAUGCACCGGGAUGUGGUUACUCAUGUCGCUGUGUCUUCUGCAGACUUUUUUAUAACUGGGAGUGUUGAUGGGCACUUGAAGUUUUGGAAGAAAAAGCCUAUUGGUAUUGAGUUUGCCAAGCACUUCAGAUCCCACCUUGGUCCAAUUGAAGGCUUAGCUGUUAGCAUUGAUGGUCUGCUUUGUUGUACAAUAUCAAGUGAUCAUUCUGUAAAGAUAUAUGAUGUAGUUAAUUAUGAUAUGAUGGUCAUGAUACGGCUUCCUUUUGUUCCUGGUGCUGCUGAGUGGGUCUAUAAACAAGGGGACGUCAAAGCCAGGCUUGCUAUCAGUGAUCGAAACUCAUCAUUCGUGCACAUAUAUGAUGCACGAUCUGGUUCAAAUGAACCUAUUGCCUCUAGAGAGGUACACUUGGGGCCAGUGAAGGUUAUGAAGUACAAUCAUGUAUUUGAUGCAGUUAUAUCUGCAGAUGCCAAGGGAAUUAUUGAAUACUGGACCCCUGACACACUCCAGUUUCCAGAAAACGAUGUCAACUUUAAAUUGAAAAGUGAUACCAACCUCUUUGAAAUUGUGAAAUGCAAAACAACUGUUUCUGCUAUUGAGGUCAGCCCAGAUGGUAAACAGUUUUCUGUUACAUCACCUGAUCGGAGAAUACGUGUAUUUUGGUAUCGGACGGGUAAACUAAGACGAGUUUAUGAUGAAUCUCUAGAGGUUGCCCAAGAUCUACAACGAAGUGAUGCACCUUUAUACCGAUUGGAAGCAAUUGAUUUUGGGAGGAGAAUGGCUGUUGAGAAGGAAAUUGAGAAGACAGAAAGUGCUCCACAACCAAAUGCUGUUUUUGAUGAGAGCUCUAAUUUUCUCAUCUAUGCGACUCUUCUUGGAAUAAAAGUAGUAAACUUGCACACAAACAAAGUUGCUCGGAUCCUAGGGAAGGUGGAGAACAAUGACAGGUUCUUGAGAAUUGCUUUGUACCAAGGUGACAGAAGCAGUAAAAAGGUUCGAAAAAUCCCCUCUGCUGCUGCAAAUGCUAACGAGAGCAAGGAGCCGUUGACAGAUCCCACUCUGUUAUGUUGUGCUUUCAAGAAACAUCGGAUAUAUCUUUUCAGUCGAAGAGAGCCUGAGGAACCAGAAGAUGCAACAAAGGGAAGAGAUGUAUUUAAUGAAAAGCCUCCAGCUGAUGAACUGUUGGCAGUAUCAGAUAUUGGCAAGUCAGUUACAACGUCUCUUCCUGAUAAUGUGAUAUUGCAUACCACGAUGGGAGACAUCCAUAUGAGAUUGUAUCCUGAGGAGUGUCCAAAAACAGUGGAAAACUUUACAACGCACUGCCGGAAUGGUUAUUAUGAUAAUCUCAUCUUUCAUCGGGUCAUCAAGGGCUUCAUGGUACAGACAGGAGAUCCUUUAGGAGAUGGAACUGGUGGACAGUCUAUUUGGGGAAGAGAGUUUGAAGAUGAGUUUCACAAGAGUUUACGGCAUGACCGGCCUUUCACUGUUUCAAUGGCUAAUGCAGGCCCAAAUACAAAUGGGUCUCAGUUUUUUAUCACAACAGUAGCCACUCCUUGGUUGGACAACAAGCAUACAGUGUUUGGAAGAGUUAUUAAAGGCAUGGAUGUUGUACAGACAAUUGAAAAAGUGAAGACGGACAAGGCGGAUAAGCCAUAUCAAGAUGUGAAAAUUUUAAAUGUAUCUGUUCCGAAGCCUUGAGGUUCCGCUCUAGAGAUCGUCUUGUCAGCAUAGUUGCUAGGCUCAGGACUCUUUGCCCCCCCUGCAGGUGUGGAAUUCAGUAGUGGGAAAAGAAGCCCCAGUGAUGCUUAAGAUAGUUUUCUCAUGAAGUCAUAUUUUCAAGAAUCAAGCUGACUCCUCCCUUGAGAUAGUCUGAUUACCAUUUUGGAAUUUAAGCUUUAACAGCAGGCAAUGGGUGUGGAAGUUUGAGCUACCCUAUCUAUUUUAGGAGUAUAACAAUAUGGGAUGCAACCCUCGGAGGGAUUGAAAUAUGAUUGCUGAUAUAUCUCCAAAUUUCUACUUCUGAAUUGGAAGGACCUGAAAAUCCGUCAUCCUGCAGGUUUUUUUUUUUUCGAAAUGUCCCCGCGAGUUGGAACACGAGAUCUUUUGGAGCUCGCGACUCUGAGUUAUCUAAAAAGUGAAAUCUGAAAGAUUGUCUAUCUUUUGAGAUCUCUCACCCAAAGAAUAGAGUGAUUUUAAUGCACAAGUUAGUUGGUCAUUAUAGUCAUUUUCCUCUUCAUAUUGUUCAUACCAUUCCCUCAUAACCCUUGAGCUGAAAAUUGUAGACUAGUUUAUUUAUUGUUGUUUUUUUUUUUCUCUGCAUUAUCUUUUGAAAAACAUGUGGAAGAAGGAAGAUCCGUUUUUUCUUGUUUCUUUGUAUUAUAUAAACCUGAGAUUGAGGAAUGUAUGAUUUGAGUAAGAAGAAAUAGUAAAAGAUGCAGGCAAUGUACUAUUAUUAUCA